GAAAUCGUGUUACAUAACAAAUAGUAACAAAUGAGAUUGUGUUAUAUUACAAAUAGUUACAAAUGAGAUCGUGUUAUAUUACAAAUAGUAACAAAUGAGAUCGUGUUAUAUUACAAACAGUAACAGAUGAGAUCGUGUUAUAUUAUAAAAAGUAACAAAUGACUUUUGUUUCAGCGUUGGCAGACGCAUGUUCCGUCGACUGGCACCGAUACCAAAGUGAUUGUUACCUUUUCAUAAACGUCACGGAUAAUUGGGCCAACGCCAAGGAGAGUUGCAAACAACAAAAAGCCCAUCUGGUGAGGAUUGACGACGCUGGUAUAGAUAACUUUCUAAGGACGACAAUGAAAACUAAAGGUAUGUAUUUGAUAUGGACUGGUGCCAAUGACAUUGAUACGGAAGGCGUCUAUGUGUGGGAGGACAAUGGCGCUCGUGUGAACUACAGUGAUUGGGGAGAAAAUAGCCCCACCAAUCGCACUGCUGAUCAGGAUUGCGUGAUCUUUGCAGUUCGAAGGGCUUGGAUGGACAAGAAAUGUACUAAGUACUAUAAGUAUGCCUGUCAGAAAACCAACCAGACGAUUGAUGACCGUAACGCUGACGACCAGGUUUCUGUAACAGCGUCUGGCGUCCAGCAGACUACCACUUCAGAUGAUGCGGAGCAAACAGCUAGGUCAGGUGACUCGGAACAAACUACUAGCCCAGAUGACGCGGAACAAACAACUAGGUCAGGUGAUGCGGAACAAACUACUAGCUCAACUGAGUCACCAACCCUCCGUUGUUUUUGUUGUAGUAGGAACAACGUUACACAACUCACGGGCGAAAAGAAACAACAAAUUAUCUCUGAGUUGAAAAAAGAACUAUUUGUUGUUAAAGCAAAUACAUCUGCCAGUCGCCGUAAACUCAUCAGUGUGAAUGACUCACGGCCCAGCAGUGUCGCUAUUGGAAGUCUCGGGUGUUUCUUACUCGUUCUGGUCCUAGGAUUCAUCGUUGUACCUGAUUUGAUUGACCUCGAUCAGCGGAAAGGAGAACAAGCAAACGAAUGAUUUAAGUGCAAGUACUGUUAUGCCGGUUGGCCUAUUAUCCAAGAAAUUUGUAUGAUCAUGUCUUGUACGUGUAGUUAGAAAGUGACAGUAUUAUUGUUCCAUUAUUGAAUAAUUUGAUAUUGUUAUAUUUUAUGAGGUUGUGUCAUCCUAUACGUAUGCUAUUUUAAAUCAUAAUGUGAGAUGUUGGUGAAGUGUGUAUUACCAAGAUUUGUAUGCUGAAAGCUUACAUAGUCCGAUAUGAACACCGAAAUCUGUACUCUUAUUGUUACGGGUAUUUCGUCUGUAAAUUAUCUCAUAUUGUUAUAUUUCAUCAAUUCGUCUCAUGAUACAAGUAUUCCAUCCAAAAAAGAUCGUAGUAUUAUGUUGUAAGUCUGUAAAUCAAGGAUAUAAGUGUUGUUGCUCCCAACUGUAUCAUGGUAUGAGCAGACGACAAGUCCACCACCAGGUGUAAUCUGUAUUUUUACGGGAAACACACGUUCAUACUCAAAACGAUUGUUCAGCGUGGUGAGAUAACAUCAUACCUGUCAUGUGUAUUCCAUUUAAUCAUACUGUCGGAACUUUUAUAGUCCAUUAGAGCCGAAAGUUUGUCUCAGACAUAGCGUUCAUCUUCUACGGCAGCCAUAUUAGUUUAUCUUUUCGGUAACACUCGGGAGUCAUCUUCAUAGUUUUUAUUCGGAUCUCUCGGAUUUUAUUCACUAAGUAAAUUUAACGUGGGAGAUAUCUCGUAUAAGUAAUUUCAAGCAAUAUGAUUGGCCAGCACUUUCUAUAAAAAGAAAAGUAAUAGGAGGUCAUUAUGAGAUUAGUAGGAGUAAGGGAGACAUGUACUAGGAGAAAUAUGCUAGGAGCAAUUUAGGAGAAAUUGUACUAGGUGCAAUUUAGGAGAAAUAUACUCGGUGCAAUUUAGGAGAAAUAUACUAGGUGCAAUUUAGGAGAAA